UGACCGUGACAUCAUCGCAGGUCCUUUAGCCUCAAGAGUCCAGUAUCUUCUGUUCUUGUUUCUUCCUGUAACAGGAGACCUGAGUGUCAAUGUAAUGUCUCCUGUAUAAAGGGAACUAUAGUCCCAGCUGCAGUGUGGGCUUUGGUGCAGUAUUAGGUUCCUUUUCCUGCAACAAUGGACAUAAAUGAUGACAAGAUUGCUGGGAGAAUAUUAAAUCUAACCCUUGAGGUCAUCUAUCUGCUAACCGGAGAGGGUUAUGUUUUAACAAAGAAGAUAUUUAAUGAACAUGAGAGUUGUGAUGAUAGCCCAGGAAGAUUGAACAGGACUCAAAGUCCCAUCAUGGUGCCCCCUUCGAACUUGCUAACACAGGAGAAAAACAAUGAACAGAAGAUCUUACAGCUCAGCAACAAGAUUGUUCAUCUUUUAACUGGAGAGGUUUGGGAAUAUUUAGAAGGUCACAAGGAUGUGCACAAGGAAGUCAGAGAACAUGACCAGCCUCUCACAUCACAAUAUGAAUCCACUAGGAGAAAUACACCAGUAAGAUAUCCCAGCCCUCCUUAUUCCAAGGAUUGUCCAAAGGAAGAGCACGAUAAUUUACAAGAUUGGCAGGAUGAAGACUUGCUUGAUGUUAAAUUUGAAGAAGAGGAAGCAUAUGGCAGGAGUGAUGAUCAAUACAAGGAGGAAACUUCUGCCAUCAGCCCUGUUGAAUCCACUAGGAGAAGUAGGCCAAUAAGAUAUCCCAGCCCUCUUUAUUCCAAGGAUUGUCCGAAGCAAAAGCAGGAUAAUUCACAAGACUGUGAGGAUGAAGAUUUGAUCGAUAUUAAAGUUGAAGUAUUAGAGGAUGAAGAAGAGGAUGCAUAUGGCAGGAGUGAUGAGCAGUACAAGUUGGAGUCUCCUAGUGCCGUCAGCUCUGGAGAUGGGAAGUAUAACAGGGCUGUCGAAGAAGGUCCAAUUUUAUCUACUAUUUGUGACGUGAACAGACAAGAUGUUGCAGAGUUUGAGGAAACUCAGGUCCCUUGUGGAGCUGAUAUAGCAGGGACACUUCUAUCACAUAGUACAACAAAUAUUAAUGCAAAAUCUCCUACAUGUAAUGAUCUGUUUCCAUAUUUUGUCUGCUUUAAAAAAAAAUCAAGUCUUAUUCCACAAGAGACAACUGCCAUGGGUAAAAAGUCAUUAUCAUGCGCUGCCUGUGGAAAAUGCUUUACCAAGAAAUCAAGUCUGGUACGUCAUCAGAUUAUUCAUACUGGCGAAAAGCCAUUUCCUUGUUCUGAAUGUGGGAAGAGCUUCAAAACAAAGAGUGAUCUUGUCAAGCAUCAGAAAACACACACGGGAGAGAGACCUUUUUCAUGCACUGAAUGUGGGAAAUGUUUUUCUGGUAAAUCUAACCUUUUGCAUCAUCAGCUCAUCCACACAGGGGAGAAGCCAUUUCCAUGCUCUGAGUGCGGCAAAUGCUUUACACGUAAGCAGCAACUUCUUGUUCAUCAGAGGACACAUACAGGAGAGAAACCAUUCUGCUGCUUGGAAUGUGGGAGACGUUUCGGUAGGAAGUGUGACCUUGGUUUUCAUGAGAAAACUCACACUGGGGAGAGGCCAUUUUCAUGCUCCAAAUGUGGGAAAAGUUUUAUUCGUAAGUUUCGUCUUGUUUAUCACCAAAAGUUUUGUACACGUGAAGAGGCAUAAAUAUAAGUUUGGGGAACACCCACUUUUGAAAGGAUUCUCCAGUUUCAUUGAAAUAAAUGAACUGCUGCCUGAUAGGGCAAAAAGAUGAUAAAAUACACUGUAUUUACCUCGUCUGCUCCAUCGCCAAUGCUUCUGUCCACCCUGGUCCCUCUGCUUACUUACCCAGAUGAUGAGCUGUCUGGCCUUUACUUAACUUGCUGCAGCCAAUACCCAAGGCUACAGUGUGUUCUAAACAUCAGCAGGAAAGGGGAAACAGCUCAUCAUCAGGGUUAGUAAACCAGAAGGGCUGGAGCAGGUGAGGUUAAUACACUUUUUUUGUUGCUCUGUGCAAGGAGACUGGUGACCCCCAUACAAAGUGGUGGUCAACACGCCCCCUCCAUGUAUUUUUAUGGAAGCGAUGGAGAUACACAAACACUGUAUCUCCAGUUCUCCCUUAGAGAAGCAAUGGGGGGCUUGUUCGAUCACAGCUUUGUGCGAAGGUCGACACAGCUCUGCUUAUGCGGAGAGUGGGGCACCAUGCGGGAGAUCGCGGAGGUCAGACUGCGUUGGAUGGGGGAUAAGUUGUUUAGCACCCCAGUACUCCUAUAACUAAAAUGUUUAUGUAAUUUUUUUUAAUUUUAUAUAUCACUAUUCCCGAAAUAAAUCCUGAAAGCAUUUUUGUCAUUUUUACAAAAAUGCGCCUAUAAGA